UAUCAGUGCAUGGUCGAAGGUAAAUGAUACAUACAAUAUGGCAACAGUUUCAAAAGUCUGCGAUGGAUGUGACGAAGUUACGACAACCUUUGAAGUAUACUGUGCAAAUUGUGACCAAGCAUUUUGUCACGAUUGCACGUUGUACCAUAGAAAACUGAAGUCUACUCGCAUACAUAUCCUGGUAGAUGCAUCACACGAUAUAACGGACUUAAAUCUAAGCUCAGUGAAUGCCAAUUGUGGUAAUGACUGUGGUGAACCAGCAGUAAGUCUGUGUAUCGACUGCAAACAGUUACUUUGUACCAACUGUACGAACAAACAUUCGCUACUUAAAGCAACGAAACAUCAUAGCGCCAUCGCGGCUAAACAACUACCAAUAGAUGAAACCAUAUCAGUAGUUUCUGAUCGUCAUAGUGUAAGCGGUGAUCGCAGGUCACUGGCUUUUACUCAACAUCGUGAUGAUACAUUCCAAGCACAAGUACAGGAUAACGGGCCAUUCAGGGGUCAAUUCGCCAAUGAAUUAAUGAGCUCUGCUCCAGCUGAUAAAGAAGUUACGAGAGUCCGAGGAAUAGCAAUUCUUUCUGACGGUAAAAUUGUCGUUGCAGAUUACAAAAAUCGAAGUUUGAAGCUAUUCAAACGUGAUCUGAAGUUUGAAAUGGCAAGAGAACUGAAAGACGAUCCUAGAGGUAUUGCAAGCACACAAAAUGAUCUAAUAGCGGUAACUAUAGCUGAUAAGAAGGAGAUCAGAAUUUUCAGAAUUGAUAAUAAGAUACGUACGUAUAAAACAUUCAAAGUAAAAGAAAAACCAUACAGCAUUGCUUAUCAUAAGGAACAUUUUGCCGUAGAAAGUGGAGAAGGGGAAGAUGGUGCCAUUCGUAUUUAUGAAUUGGGCGGAAAGGAGUUGUUUGUCAUACCAGGAAAUACAAGAAGUUUUGGGCAGUUCACUGGCAAUACAAUACGUCUCGCCUUGGACUUUAUGAAAAAGAUCGUAUUUGUGGUAGAUAUUGUAAAUGAAUCCAUCCACAGUGUUGACUUUAAAGGGAACUUAUGUUGGUCAGUGAAAGUGAAGAGUCCACGAGGGAUCGUUAUGUUCAACAAUAUUCUGUUCGUGGCAAGCAGUGAAGUCAAUAAAAUAUAUCAGAUGAAUACAACCGAUGGACUGAUUUACCAUCUUCUUGACGAGGACAGCAGAGUUAAAAGACCGAGAUAUAUUGCCUACCAACAAGACUUGAAGAUUCUUGCAGCGGAAAUCGAUGGCAAUCAUGUUAAACUUUAUAACAUCGAAAAGUUAGGUAUCAAAUAACGAGAACGUAUUUAUGAAUUUUGUAACAGCAAUUCUGCAUUAACUUAUUUUAAAUUGCUAAGAUUGUCAUUUGUAGAAAUUUUAUAAAAGCAGUAAAGUAUAUAUAGCAUUUGCAAAUAUAAUAAAUAUCAGUACAAUUUCAAAGAAUGGAAAUGCUAUAUCACACUCUUGUGUGUAAAUGAUCAAUUACCAUAUCAUAUUUAUAUGUAUAUUCAUGUCAUCUCCCUAUAAUAUUUUUGUCCAUACUUUAAUCUCAAUUUCACACUCUGCUUAAUUGAAAACAGAUUACCACCUUUAAAUUGAGAGUGAAAAAUGAAAAAAGUUAGUCCUAUUACACUUCCAAAGUUUUUCAUUUGUUUAUCUUAUUAUCUCAGUUACUUUUAUUAUCAUUUUGAUUAUUAUUAUUAUUUGUUUAGUUUUUUUUGUAUUAUGUUUUUAUUUAUUCAAUCACAUAUUGUAUGCUAAUGUAUUGUUGUCCCUUUUCUGUACA